AUGCAAGCUGCCUGUUCGAAUAUUAGCAGAGACACACAUGCGAUAGGACAGAUGAAUAUGACGGGACUUCGCGGUAAGAGGAAAGUACAGAGUCAGAGUCAGGGGCAAAACCAAGCGCAAGGCCUGACUUCUCAGUCUCAGCAGCUGCAACAUUUUUUGUCUAAUCAUGAUGACGAUGAGCAUGCCGAUAUGUUGAUGCUGCCACGGAGUGGCAACGUUAGCGCGGUCACUACAGCUACAGCUACAGCUACAGCUGCAGCAGAACCAAGCUCACUACCGGCAAAGAUUACGAACAAUACCAACAAGAAAUUUGAUAUGUUGCCCGAUCAUCUACGAUUGAACGGGGUGACUCCCAGUGGGAAGCCAAGGUUGUUCGUUUGCAAAGUUUGUACUAGAGCUUUUGCCAGGCAAGAACACCUAACGAGACACGAACGGUCUCACACUAAGGAGAAACCUUAUGUUUGUGGUAUUUGUGAGAGAAGGUUUACUAGAAGAGAUCUUUUGAUCAGACAUUGUCAAAAAUUACACGGUGGAAAUUGUGGCGAUUAUAUCAGAAGAACUUCAAGGAAAGUGCGUAGGGAUUCGAAGAAGGAUAAUGGAGCAGUGCUCGAUCCUUCGUCUUCGUCGGAAACUGAUACGCCCAAUAAUAGCACUGUUAGUCCAAAUAGUGAUGUUUCCUCAUCGGUAACUCCUGCGACCACGAAAAGGGUCCGUAAAAGGUCGAUCAAGACGGAAUAUGCUACGAGCAGCAGUACUGCGGUGAAGAAAGCUGCGAAGGCGGCAGAUGCUGCUGCAAAAGCCGCGGCCAAGUCGGCAGCAGCGACGAGUAGAAAUGUGCCUACGUCUGAUGAACCCAUUGGUCCCUUGCUGUCUGGUAGAGCAGGGAAUGAAGAAGACGUUAUGUCAAAGAAGAGAUUGAAAGUGCACAGAAGAGUUUCGUUUUCGGCCCAGUCCGGUCAAAACUACGCUAUAUUACCUGAAUCGAGUGACUUCACGCAAGAAAAGCCUGAAAGGGUCGAUUUCUCAACACCUCAGAUGUUACCCCUGGAUCUAUUCGAUACUAUUCCGCAGUUUGAUGAACCAACGAAUUUCAAUCUUUUGGACAGAAAUAACUGGAUUAAUGACUUCAAUAAUGCUAUCAUUCCAGGUACAGAUGAACAACUCGUAUCGCACACUCAUUCAAACUCAGUAUCUGAAUCUUCUCCAAAUUCUAACAAUACAAGAAAUUCUUCUUGGGAAUUACAAGGUGACACGUUGAAGAUAAACUCGUUGUUCUCGUUCCCCAUGUCUCAGGGAGAAUCGCAACAUGCAGGUGCUGACUGGAAAACUUUGGCAAGAGCUCUGAAACCUGAACUGGAAAAUCAGGACUCAGCUAAUAAAACUGCUACUGAACAAAUCACAAACUCUUUACACAACUUUCAAAUUAAAUUCAAUGGUAAUGGUGACAGAACCGUUGAUAUAAAUAUCAAUGCCAGUAAUUCAAUUAACGACAAUGUGGAAAAUGGCCGCAACACUGUUGAUCCAUGUCUGACAUCAAAUCAUAUCCAGAAAGAUGUUAUUUCCAACACGAUUCGUCCCAACGUUACCAUGACCCACAAUGGUAUCCCUACAGAAUCACCUCCACUUAGAAAUGAUUCUAACCUGGGCAAUGACUUCAAGUUCAUGCUCCCAUCGGCAUUCACUCCUUCUAAUGAUCCCCUGGAUACCACCAACUCCGCUAUCAAAACUAAUAAUUCUAUCAACAAUGAUCAUAACAUUGCUCAUGCUCAUGAUAACCCCACCUUUAAUGAUACACACGACCAAGAACAUAAUAACACAUUAAUGAAAAGUACUACAUCUCCAUUCCCUGACAUUCACAGACAAAAUUCAUUGCAUCAUAAUCACUUGCAUCCUUCUAACGAGUUCCCAAAUACAGAAAUUGAUCCUGCUCAGUUACAAUCUAUCAUGGAUCCGGGGUACACAUUUUAUGAUGUUCAGUACUCUCAACUUUGUAAUAUAUCAAAGGCUUCUCCAAAAGAUCAAGACAUUAAAAUCAAUUUCUUCAAUAAUGAUAUCAGAAACAUUUGCGAGAAUGCGUUGAUCCAUUAUUCAAGCAUAUGUGGCCCUAGCUAUAAACCUUGUUCUUUGACUUGUUCCAACGAUGAGUUGAAUACAUAUUUAAAACUUUACAUCAUGCGCUUCCACCCACAUAACCCGUUCAUUCAUUCAUCGGUAUGGUCAUUUGAUUCUGAAGCGUACAGAUCUUACAUUUAUGAACAUGAUGCGAAAAAUAUUCCAUUCAGUGUAGAUGAUAUGAUCUACCAUACAAACAUCAUAUGCUUGCCUCUAUUUGCAGCUACCAUUGGUUCUCUUUAUAAGAAUACUACUUCUUCUUCUACGAGUAAGACAAGGGAAUUGUAUGAAAUUGCAAGGAGAGUACUACACGUUUACUUGGAUAGAAGAAAAAAUUUGAAACGGGAUGAAACAACGUCACCACUCAAUUCGAAUUUAUGGUUGAUCCAGUCUUUGACAUUGUCAGUAAUGUAUUCCAUCUUUGCUGAACAUAGUAACUCCGAUAUCAACAGAUCAGAUCAAAUAUUGAAACAAGUUGGAGCAGUUUGUUCUUUGUUAAGGAAUUACUUUUUACCGUUGGUUCAGCAGAAACCAGAAAAUUUAAGGUCGGAAGCUGAGAUAAUAAUAUGGGAAUCAAAAUUAAGAACAACUUUGACAAAUUACAACUUGUGUCAGUUUUUACAGAUUUUCCAUAGAUUAUCCUCGUCGAGCUUCAUCACGAAUUUUGAAUUACAGACGAUAAUGAUUCCUAAUAAUGAAACGAGGUGGUCAACUUUAUCAUUCAACUGGAAUAGUACUACCAUAAAGUCCGAGCAUCUUUACCAUUUGAAUUUCUUACACUUUUUCCAAAGUUUCCAGUUUAAUGAUCUAGGUUAUCAUACUAUUCCACAAGUUUUAGUAAAUUCAAUGCUUUUCUAUGAGUACUCAAUAAAAUUAUCUGGGUCAAACAUGAAUGUGUUCAUCAACAAAAUCGAUACUAAGAAACUAGAGAAGAAUUUACCCCAAAUCGAUCAGGAUUCUGCUACAUCGGACUGCUUAAUUGGUGACUCCAUCAAUUUAAAGAACUCUUUGAUUUCUUUGAGAUUGUUUGAUAAAUUGGACUCCCAUUUUUUCAGAAUAAUAUCCAAAUACGGAUUAACUGACGAUAUUUUCGAGAAUUGUUUGUCACCCAUUCAUGCCAAUAUUUUGUCCAAAAAUUCUGAUUCUUUGGUAAUUGAUUUGUUGGUCUCAGUUAAUGCUUCUAUCAAAAAUAUUGCAUCGUUAUUUUACUACACCAAUGAGACGGGAUAUUAUGAAGAAAUUAAGUUUGAUUACUCAAAAACCUCGUUGUUCCAAAUUCAGGGUUAUUUCUUCAAUUUCCUUUGCAUUUUAAAAUUCAUAUUAGACUUUGAAGCCACUCCAAAUUUCAAGGUGUUGAGUAUAUUUGCGGAGUUACGGAAACUGGUAGAGCAGUUAAUGAUUCCGAAACUUGUCCAUAAUUACCCUCUGGAGUUUUCAAAAUUCACUGACUUAAAGACGGCAUAUGAUGGACCUUCUCCACAGGCUCCAGCUGUCCAUACGUUCAGUCUUGAACAUUUGGAAAAGAGCAUCGAAUCAGUUUUAGUACAAUCAUUCAAUGACUAUAACUAUUUGAAAAUGCCAGUUGGUCCUGUCAAUUCGUUGAAUGAAUUCGAAUUUGAUUCAGGCUACGCUGAACCAGCUCCAGGACCCAGCAAGUCAUCAAUAAACUUACUAAGGCACCACGAUCUAUGUAAACAGAAUGGUGCUAGAACAAGACAGGGAUUUUAUGACCGUUAUCAUCUAUCAGACAAAUUGUUACAGGUUGCCAAAUGCUCUUUCCUCUUGAUAUAUGAAUCACAUGUACAUGGUUCAUUAUUGACAAAUUUCAUUGACAUAAUUAACACUCUUCAGUCAAAAUUAGACAAUCAACGCAAAAUUACGAAUAUUAUUUUCAAUGAAGGAACCCAUCUCUUUGGAAGCAACAAUAAUCCUGUCAACGAUCACACUCAUUCUUUUGUUAACAUGCUGAAUUUGCCAAACUCAAACACUCCUCCUGGAGAUUACUACUUCAAUCCGAAUUCCCUAUGA